ACAGUUUCAAAGUUUAUUGAUUUUGGCGAGGCGUCUGCUCUCUAACAACACCAGAAACAAAACUAGAUAAUCAGCAAAUCGCACGCUUAAAUUUUUUUCAUAAACCAUGUUUGAACGCUACCUGGCUGCUCUGGAAUACCCUGCUCAAAGAGGCAUAAACAUAGAUGACCCGAAGGAGUUUCGCAACAUUGUGCUCUGGCUAGAGGAUCAGAAAAUUCGUCAUUAUACAAUCGAGGACCGAGCAAACCUGAGAAAAACAGGUUCUUCGACUGAAUGGGACCCUGCAUAUGAAAAGUAUAAGCUGGAUCUGGGAUUUCCUGCGAAUCUCACAUCCAAAACCGAAGAGCUAACGUGGUUGUUUUUGUAUGCGAUUAAGCUCGAGUAUUCUGACAACGCCGACAGAUAUCGGACGAAUACAGCCGCACUCAAACUUGAGCAAGAAAAAAAGUCAACGGCUGCACCGGAAAUCAAAUCCACCAAUCCCUUCGACGAUUUGGACUUCACGACUCCAGAAUUUGAGGAAGGUUCACGUAAGUUGGCGGAAAAAUUAGGCAUUGCAUACCAUCCGGAUCACUUAGUAUCCUUGAGAGCUGCAAGUUAUGUUAUAGCAACAACGUUUAACAAGGAGGCAUUGAAGGAGCCAAUUAUUACCGGUAAACCUUAUCCGAUUAACGAAGGAAUUGGAAUGGGCUUUGACAAAGAUCCUGACAUUGAAAAAGCUGCCCGUAUUCUCCGGUUGCUGCAAAUUCAAAGUCUGCGGAAGUUGCAAACUACCAUUAACGAAACGAUUGUUUCGGUCCAGAAUAUCACUGCCGAUCCUCGAACUGAUACCAAACUGGGUAAGGUCGGCAUGAAGUAAGGAGUAUUCGGUCUACUCUAAUGCUUGUAAUUUAACAUAUACAAUUUAUUGAUAAUAUGAAACAAACUUUGAACACCUUAA